CAAAAAUGUUCUCGAAGCUGAUCCUAUGUGUGGCAGCGACGGCGGUGGGAGCGGCUCGUCUCGGCUACAGCCCCUCGCAGGGGAGAGCUCCGGGCGGAGGAGCUGCCGGGUUUAGACCCUCGGGGCCGCAAGUUCCCAUCCUGAGAGAUGACCGCCAGGGACCCGAUGAGUUCGGAAAUUACAACUUCAACUUCGAGACUGGAGACGGCAUCAGCCGCCAGGAGCAAGGCGCUCCCCAGCCGCCUGUAGGCGCCGUCGCUUCGCAGGGCGGAUGGUCUUUCACCUUCCCUGAUGGAACUCCUGCCCGCUUCUCCUUCACUGCCGACGGCGAGGGUUACCGCGUCGAGUCCGAUCUGCUGCCCACGCCCCCUCCCCUCCCCGCCCACGCCAUCGCCCAGAUCGAGAAGGCUCGCCGGGAAGAUGCCGCGGGCGGUUCUGGGAACAGAUUUUCUUCCGGAUCCGGAUCCGGUUCGCAGUUUGGUGGCUCACAGUUCGGCAGCUCGCGCCCCUCUGCUCCACGCCCUGGCUUCCAGUCUGGUGCUCCUGGAAGAAACUAUAGAUACCCUUGAACCAAUUACUAAAGGCCGGUUGAUCAAUGGCGAAUACUGGACCUGGCUUAAUCAAAUGGUUCAAAAACAAAAAUGUUUCCCCAUUUGAAACUAACAACAAAAUAGAUUGAACAUAUAGAGCGACCUACUCACCUCAUUCUGUAAACUCAACAUGAUUUGAAUAUAUUGUACUGGCCUUGAACAGAUCCGCCUGGACCAAGUAAUCCUGCAAAUAUACUCGGUUGCAGAUAAUUGCAUCAUAGACAUAUAUCAUAAUAUCAAUUAGACAUCUCCAAAAGACGCAGAAUUAUUGCUUUCUUUACUAAUAUAUAUUUCUUUUGAAUACUGCCUGUAUAAACUUUGUACUUAAUAAAUUAUGUCUUGUC